GUUGAUGGUUCCAUAAUCCAUACAUUCAAUAAUCAACGAAACCUAAUUUGGUUUUUAUGAAAUUAAUAUUUUUUCAUCGGCUUUUUAUUGGAUUUUAAGUUGAUUUAUUAUAAUUUAUCAAAAUUGCUUCCACAAUGACUGUCACGCGGGUUGCAGAAUCCCGCACGGAAUUUAAAUUAAAAAGUCUCCCGGAGGACGCUAUAUCAAGUGUUAAGUUUGCACCGAAAUCAAAUCAGUUUCUCCUUGUGUCCUCUUGGGACUGUUCUGUUAGGCUCUAUGAUGUAUCUGCUAAUAUUGAAAGACACAAGUACAAUCACGAACUACCCGUACUAGAUGUUUGUUUUAGGGAUGCUGUACAUUCUUAUAGUGGUGGCUUAGAUCAGACGUUAAAAAUGUACGAUUUAAACGCCACUACAGAAACUGUAUUAGGUGACCAUAAGGGUGCGAUACGUUGUGUGGAAUUUGCUGCAGAAGUGAAUGCUGUGUUAACUGGAAGCUGGGAUGGUACUGUAAAAAUGUGGGAUAGCAGAGUGCCUAAUUGUGUAGGAACAUACAAUCAAGGCAAUGAAAGGGUUUAUACAAUGAGUAUUGUAGGAGAGAAAUUUGUAGUAGGCACAUCUGGGCGGAAGAUUUUUGUAUGGGAUGUACGUAACAUGGGUCAUGUUAAUCAGAGGAGAGAAUCGUCACUUAAAUAUCAAACCCGUUGUAUAAGAGUAUUUCCAAACAAGCAGGGCUAUGUCUUAAGUUCUAUUGAGGGUAGAGUGGCUGUUGAGUACUUGGACAGCAAUCCUGAAGUUCAAAAAAAGAAAUAUGCAUUUAAGUGUCAUAGAAUAAAAGAAUCAGGUGUAGAAAAAAUAUAUCCUGUGAAUGCAAUAAGUUUUCACUCCAUUUACAACACAUUUGCAACUGGUGGAUCUGAUGGUUAUGUUAAUAUUUGGGAUGGUUUCAAUAAAAAGCGACUGUGUCAAUUUCACAGAUAUAACACAGCUGUGUCCUCUCUAAGUUUCUCUCAUGACGGUUCAGCAUUAGCUAUUGCCUGCUCCCAAUUAGACGAAACAGAAGCUGAGGAUCCGAAACCAGAUGACACAAUCUACAUCCGAUAUGUAACAGACCAAGAGACAAAACCUAAAUGAAAGUGUAUUUAAAGUGGCCUGGAUUUAGGGGAUACAGAAUACUUGGAAUGUAGUCCCCUCUAUGAAUUGUAAAUCCACGCCCAAAUAGUUGAUUUAAGAUGUCUGGACUGAUUCUUAAAGCCCGUGGAGAGCUUGCAAAAUAUUUUGCGUAUUAUUAAAAUAAAAAAUAAUGUCAGCUGUAAUUUUUGAAAUUUUAUUGUUUAAGAAGAAUUUAAAAAUUGCUGAUGGUUUUUUUUAUAAACUGUUCCGCUUCUUUAUUUUGCUGAUAAUUUUUUUUAAUAUCUCAAAUAUUUUUACUUUAGAUUGUUUGAAUAAUUGUUUUGUAUAUAUUAGAAUUAAUAAACAGAUAAAAUAUUUAUAACUAACGCAACUGUUCUGUCCACGGCUCUUGUAUUAUACACAUAUUGAUCGAAUCCUAGACUAAUUAUAAAAGUAUAGAAGCAAUAGUAAAUAAUUGAAAUAGGCUGAUAGAUCAACAAUUUCUGAGAGAAAGUAAAUGUAGGAACUCUCAUGAAUCUUUGAAACUAGUUUUAUUCAAAGAGUUUUUGUGUAUAACCGACUUGCAAAAGGAGAUUUACUAGAUGUAAAUUUUUAAAGGAACGCAACUUAUCUAAUAGUUUUGUUCAAUUAAAUAGUCUAUUUAAUUUACUUUGUUUGUUAGAAUAAUUUGGUAAUUAUUGACCGAAUUAUACUAUAAAAUUUCUUUCUUUUUUGGGCCAAUAUUUAAUUCAUUUGCAAAGUUACUUAAUACAUAAUUGACUAUUAUUUACGUCACAUAAGAUCCAUGAUACACAAACAUACAUAUUUAGGUUUUUGUUACAAGUUGUCGAUCUUUAUUACAAUUGUAUAAAUUUUACCCCAUUAUUAAUAAAUAUCAAUCUAUUUGCUCUCCUUGAACUAAAGUCGUUUUCUCUUUAUGAUAGCAUAAACACAUUUUGCCUAAAAGAGGGGUUAAAAGUAAUUAGACUUGGGUUCUUGUCUAUUGUAUUCAUACAAAGUAAUGAUUUAUAAAUGGUAUUGACUGUGAGUACUUACUCAGACAAAAGUGUUUGUAUUUAAGGUAUAAGUUGGAAUAAAUUAAUAUAAAUUUCA